AUGCAAUUAACAACCACGAAGAAACCUUCAACUAGUUCAAGACUAAAGCAAGAAGAAGAAACAGAGAUGGCGAUGCACGAUCAAUCAAAAACACCUCAACUUUGCAAAACGGGUUGCGGGUUUUAUGGAAAUCCAAAUACCCGAAACCUCUGUUCUGUUUGCUUUAACAUUGAGUUCAAGAAGGAGACAUGUAAACAUACGGAUACGAUUCUUGAUCAUGUGAAUGUAUUACCUGAUAAAAACCCAUCCAACAACAAUCAUCAAAGUCUUAACAUAAUCAAGACCAAGAACAGAUGCAGGGUCUGCAACAAACGGGUCGGGUUGAUAGGGUUUGGUUGUCGGUGUGGUCGGACUUUCUGUGGGUUGCAUCGGAUGCCGGAGGAACAUGCAUGUGAUUUUGACUUCAAAACCGCCGGCCGUGCGGUUUUGGAGGAACAAAACCCGGUUUGCGUUGCUGAUAAAUUGGAGAGUAGAAUUUAA